AUUUUCCACCCUUGUUCUUGUUGCGAGCCGCCGAGCACGGCGUACAGACAGGGAAGUUCAUUCAUCUACUUACUUGUCUCUGUGUCUCUCUCUCUCCCUCUUCUUUUCUUACAUUCUUUCAACCCGUUUUUCUUUAGCCUCGUCUCCGUCUUCCUUUCUUUUGAAACCGCCUUACGAAAGUGAGGCUCGUUUCAGUUUUGGCCCCGUUUCUCCCUUUUAACUUUUUUUUUUUCAUUUUUUUUUUUUUGCAAAUCACUUAAAAAGGAACAAGAGACUUCGAUGUCCCGGAAUCUUUUUUGCCCUUGAAGAAAAUCCACAUUCUAUACGUUAUGCUUUUGAAUUGGCACUUUGCACAAUGACAACCGCUCAUGUGCCUCUGCAACAGGACCUGUCGACAUCGGUCACCACGACACAUCCAGUUACCCAGCUCCAUUGCAGGACCCCAGGGUCUUUGUCUUUAUUGUCCGGUCAUACAAGUUCUAGCGCGGAGCAUUGUCGGUCAGUCGACCCAUCAACCGUCGUUGGUGCCAACUUCCCCAAACAGACCAAUCGCCGCGCUUCGAUCUUUAGAAAGUUGGCGGGCCCACGCGAAAACGCAAAGCGCUUCCUCCGCCUGGGGGGUUCUGUCCGCGCUCAGUCGCCACCAUCCACCCGCCAAAUGUCUCGUACAUCUCGUCCCCGUCCGGUCUCCGAGAUCGUUUUAUCGCCCGAAGAUGCACGUAUACUUGCCACUGCUACUCUAAGUGCCGGUCUAGGAUCGGGUAGAAUACGCUCCCACUCCUCGUCCACCGGAUCGAUGAAUCAGUCCCCCGUGGGGUCCGUGCUACAGGGUGCGCCACCAUCGGACUCCAUGGGACCCUUUCCGACAUUACGCAACGAGAAAAUCGUUGCAACGGGAAGUGGAAUCACCGUGGGUAUUGCUCUCACGGAGCCCGUCCUAUACUUGCAGGGAUACGACCAGAAUGACCCAAGUACGAAGAAAUCGGCCAUCCUACGUGGGCAGUUGCAUCUCAAGGUCACUAAAAGCAUCAAGAUCAAGAAGAUUUCGAUUUGCUUCCGUGGACACGCACAAACCGAUUGGCCCGAUGGAAUUCCACCCAAGAAGAUACACUUCCAUGAUAAGAAGGAUUUAGUCACCCACGGGGUGAUGUAUUUCAAUCAUGGUGAUACGGCACUGAUGCAGAAUGACUACGGUGCCCACUUCUACCAGCACGCCAAACCGGUAACCUCCGUUACUGGAAAGGACGGUGGCCCGACGACUAUCACUCGCGAGAUCUUCUCAAAAUCGGGCUCCUCAACCUCUCUUAGUAACGGUCAGCCCACAAGUAAGGAACUUAAACGACUUUCCCUCCAAUCCAAUCACUCGCGCAGCUUCGGGAAGAACGAUUCGCCCCCCACUGUACCCGCUCAUCCGCAGCGCAACUACCGCAUGUUUCCUGUGGGUGACUACUUGUAUAGUUUUGAAUUCCCGAUCGAUGGCUCCCUUCCAGAAACGAUCAAGACGGAUCUGGGGCACGUGCGGUAUGACCUCGAGGCUAUUGUAGAACGAUCUGGUGCGUUCCGUCCCAAUCUUUUGGGCAACCUCGAAGUGCCGGUCAUUCGCACGCCGGCGGAGGGCUCUUUGGAACAGGUUGAGCCGAUCGCCAUUUCUCGAAACUGGGAAGAUCAGUUGCACUAUGACAUUGUCAUCUCUGGAAAAUCUUUCCCGCUUGGAUGUCAGGUCCCUAUUGCUUUUAAAUUAACACCGCUAGCCAAGGUUGAGUGUCAUCGGAUCAAAGUCUACGUGACCGAAAACAUACAGCAUUGGACUGCGGACAAGAGCGUCCAUCGCUUCCAGCCAGCGAAGAAGGUGCUCUUGUUCGAGAAACGAGCUGAUUCGGCCAGUACCAGUACAUACCCGGGCAGCUCCAUGCGUGUCACGGCAGGCGGUGGCAUUGACUGGGAUCAUCGCGCGGCCGCUGCGAGGGGUGAUGAAAUUGUUGAUCGGGACCGGACGAAUCUUCUGGGUAAUCUGGCUAGCGAUUCAGGUGUUGGUCCGACCGAAAUGGAGUUCAAUGUCCAACUUCCAAGUUGCCAUGAGAUGAAGAAUCGGGAUGAGUCUCAACGGUUGCACUUUGACACGACGUACGAAAACAUUCAGAUCAACCACUGGAUCAAGAUUGUUCUUCGUCUCUCCAAGGUCGAUGAAAGAGAUCCGAGUAAGCGGCGGCACUUUGAGAUCUCGAUUGACUCACCGUUCCACCUUCUUUCGUGCAAAGCCACGCAGUCCAACAUUUAUCUCCCUGCGUAUACCUCGCCAAAUUCGGACCCUGCGCCGCCUGCCCAGGAGUAUGAAUGUGGAUGUCCAGGAGCCGCCGCACUCAACCGAACCAUCUCGACUCGCCAAUCGCCGCCGCCAUCUUCUGACCCAGAAGAACCGCCGACUGGUAGAGCUGUCAGCCGAAGUUUCACCAAUAGUUCCGGCGGAUUGGCGCGGCCACCUCAAGCUCAUUUAGCACAUGAGCCAAACGAGCGCGCAGAUGACCCUCCACCGCGUCCCAUGCAUCUUCUCCGAGCUCCGUCAUUUGCUCCGCCCGCAUUCGAUGAUGUUCCGCCGCCGCCGCCUCUCAUCACACCGCCACCGGAGUACACCACUAUCGUGGGUGAUAACGACCGGGAGGCGGUGCUGGAGGACUACUUUUCCCGGCUGUCGUGCUAUGAGGAAACCGCAGAUGACCCGCGGGGUCUCGGGCGGGUUGACGUACCCCUGACUCCCGGAGGAAGGGUGAACCGCAGUAUGGACGUCCCGAGGGAAUGGGUUCGCCUGGAUCAGUCGACCGUCUAGGCAGUUCGACUUUACUUGAUCUGACGGUAGUUACGAUGUCAUGAUUUAAAUGUAUUCUUUCUCUUUUUACCUUGAAGGGGAUGUACUGGGGGACGUUUAUCUUACAU